UUCAACACAAACAAGAUUAUACACAAAAAAGCUGCUUGUUCAGACAUCAAGAGAAUGAAGAAAACAUCAACCCCAUCUUCUUAUUUUUGUGCUUUAGAUGAUGAUGAUGAUGAUUUUGAAAACCCCAUUUGUAGUCAAGCCUCCUUUAAAAAACCCAUUUCAAGAAAACCCCUAAAACCCUCCAAUUCUCAAUCUUUUAAGCCUCUCAAUCGGCCCGGAAAGCCGAAAGGCCUGAAGCGUGAUAAAGAUACAAUCUUUAAUGCUUCUGAUCAAGAAAAGAUUGGUCCAGUGGAGAUUGAAUCUCAGUUAGUGGAUGAUUAUAGUUGUGAGGUGAGUUUGGAUUUGGAUUGUGUUGAUUCGAGUAUUUGUUGUAGUCAUGUGGAUCGUGUUUCGGGUUCGAGUGAAGUUGGGGUUGAGGAUGUUGUGGAGGAAAUGAAAUUGAAGGCAAAAGGCGGUGUUUUUAUGGAUGAUUCGAAUUCGAUUGAGGCAAGGUUGUUGAAGUCUAGGGGGAAUUGCGCGCCAAGUGUUUGUGAAAAUGACGGGGGAUCUGGGGAGGUUGGAUUGGAGGAUGAAUGUGAGCUUGAUUUGUUGCUUAAUUUGUGUUCAGAAGGUGAUGAGUUGGUUGAUGGAAGAAGUGUAGAUGAUUUUAGUGAGAGUUUGAUUAGGUGUCCACUUUGUGAUGUUAAUAUUUCGGGUUUGAGUGAUGAGUUAAGGCAGGCUCACACGAAUGAAUGCCUUGACAAAUGCCUUGACAAAGGGGAUGCUGCGUGUCAGCCGGUCUUUCCAAAUGAUAACCCAGGGCAUCAGUGUCCUGGGCAAGUUCUUAAUAGUUCACCAGCCCGAUCUCCACAAAAACCUGUAGAUGUCUCUCCAGUUUCGGAAUGGUUACGCAGUCUGGGAUUGUCCAAAUAUGAAGAAAUUUUUGUCAGAGAGGAAAUUGACUGGGACAGUCUACAAUGGCUGACAGAGGAGGAUCUAAUUAACAUAGGUGUUACUGCACUUGGCCCAAGGAAAAAGAUUAUCCAUGCUCUUUGUGCUCUUAGAAAGGAAAACAACAAUGCAGUAGAUACAGACACAAGAAACUCCAAAACUGUAGCUGAUGAUAGCAGUAAAAUAGCUGCAAACAAAUUGAUCACAGAUUUCUUUCCAGGCUUUGGUGGUCAGAAAAUAAAUAAAAACAGUACUCCUGGUGGGAGGAUUGAAGUGGAAAAGAGUCGUCCAAACACUAGAAAGACACGUUCUGCUGUGAAAAAUAAUUCAAGAAAAGAAAAACUCAGGGAUAUCCCUGUGUGGUGCUGCAUACCAGAGACGCCAUUUCGAGUGGAUGCAUUUAAAUAUCUAAGAAGAGAUUGCUCACACUGGUUUCUUACCCACUUUCACUUAGAUCAUUACCAAGGCCUUACAAGGUCAUUCUGUCACGGGAAGAUCUAUUGCUCCUCGAUUACAGCAAAACUUGUAAAUAUGAAAAUUGGUAUCUCUUGGGAUAAUAUACAUAUUCUACCCCUUAACCAGAAGAUUAGCAUUGCUGGAAUUGAUGUGACGUGCUUUGAUGCAAACCACUGUCCAGGUUCCAUCAUAAUACUGUUUGAACCUCCCAGUGGUAAGGCUGUUUUACACACCGGAGAUUUCCGUUUUGACGAGGAAAUGACCAAGAUUCCUGCUCUGCAGAACUGUCGUGUUGAAAGGCUUAUUCUAGAUACAACGUAUUGUGAUCCCCAGUAUGACUUUCCAAAGCAGGAGGCAGUCAUCCAAUUUGUUAUCGAGGCUAUACAAGCUGAAGCUUUCAAUCCAAAAACUCUAUUUUUGAUUGGUAGCUAUACAAUUGGAAAAGAAAGAUUAUAUGUAGAGGUAGCUCGUGUUCUACGCAAGAAAGUCUUUAUUAAUGCUGCAAAGCUGCGUAUUUUGGAAUGUUUAGGGAUUCCCAAUGAAGAUAUGCAGUGGUUCACAACUAAUGAACAGGAGAGCCACAUUCAUAUUGUGCCUAUGUGGACACUAGCAAGCUUUAAAAGACUGAAACAUAUAUCUAAUCAGUAUAUGGCUCGAUACAGUCUUAUAGUUGCUUUCUCUCCAACUGGCUGGACAUUUGGUAAAGGAAAGAAAAAGUCUCCUGGACGAAGGUGGCAAAAGGGUACCGUUGUGAGGUAUGAAGUACCGUACAGUGAGCAUAGUAGCUUCACAGAGCUGCAAGAGUUUGUUAAAUUCAUAUCUCCGGCAAAUAUUAUCCCCAGUGUAAACAAUCAUGGACAAGAGUCAUCAGAUAACAUGAUCUCUCUGCUAACCUCUUGAUCUGUUGGCUCUAGCCGCCCCAUACUGUCAGAAUUACAUGUUGUACCUCCCUAUGUCUGUAUCAAUAACUCAUCGAUGAUGCUGUUGUACUAACUGGCUCUAAGCCUCUACCAGUCCAUCUGCUGGAUGGACAUGUUUACAAGGUGAUCCAUUACCUAUACCAGAAUUCGCUAAUAUACCUAAAUUUUAUUAUCCGAACAGUUUCAUAUCUUGAUAUUGAAGUUUACUCCGAUCAGUAGGAGUAAAUAUUACGUUCCUCUCCUCAGUGAUAAAAUUCCGAGUAAUUCUUCUCCAGCUGUAUAUGUUACCUGUAUCAGCCUGUACUCUACAAGAGUAAUGAACAACUUGGGUACAGCAUAGGCAUCCCAUGUUACAUAGUAGUGUUGAGAGUUCCGUGAAUAAUGGCGAAUGAAGAUGGCAAGAAAUUUAUUAUUUUGCAGGUUAUUGUGACUACUAACCUAAUAUUUCAUGCUAUUUACUUCUUAUACGAGUACUCAUUGAUUGUAAAAAUGUACAUGGAAGAAAGAUAAUGAUACAGAGUUCAAAAAAUUGUAUCAACUGCUAUGUUGAUGAUAUUAUGGAAAGAGGAUUGUUCAACUGUGAGCUCAA